GUGUCAAACGAUGCAGUGUGCCGUUCGGUUGCCGCAACUAGUAAUUUCCAGUUCGCUGUCAUUCUGACAUAAGCUGAUCUCCGUCUAGUCGGCGGACUAUUUGUAGAUAGGUGAAGAUCAAAUGUUAUUUUAGGACGGACCGAGGACAAGAAAGAAGAUCGAGAGUAACUUGAGGAAUGGCUGCAUCUAAGUGUACGCGACUGACUGGAGUUCUGAGCAGACAGUUACUGGACUCGGUGGACAGUGUGCUGUUUGACUGCGAUGGCGUAAUAUGGAGAGGGGACCAAGCCAUCCCCGGAGCCCCUGAGGUUAUCAAUUCAUUGAAGAAAAACGGAAAACGGGUGUUUUUUGUCACAAACAACAGCACGAAAACCCGACAAAUGUACGCGGAUAAAUUAGGCAAACUCGGUUUCGAUGCCUCGGCGGACGAGGUGUUCGGGACCGCGUACUGCUCGGCGGUGUACCUCAAAAAUGUGUGUAAACUCGACGGAAAAGUCUAUUUAAUUGGGAGCAAUGCGAUGAGGCAGGAGCUCGAGGGCGUGGGGAUCCGACCGGUCGGCGUGGGGCCUGACCCCGUCUCAGGAGUUCAGAAAGACUGGGCGAAUGUUCCUCUCGAUAAUGAGGUCCGAGCUGUACUGGUCGGCUUUGAUGAGCAUUUCAGUUACAUGAAGCUCAACAGAGCUCUGCAGUACCUGUGUAACCCCGACUGUCAGUUCGUGGGAACUAACACGGACACGAGGCUGCCUCUGGAGGGAGGCAAAGCGGUCCCGGGGACAGGGUGCCUCCUAAGGGCGGUAGAGACCGCUGCGCAGCGCAAAGCUCAAGUGGUCGGAAAGCCCAACAUCUUCAUGUUCGAGUGUGUGGCCAGCCAGUUCGGUCUGGACCCUGAGAGGUGUCUGAUGGUCGGAGAUAGACUGGACACGGACAUCAUGCUAGGCUCAAACUGUGGCCUGAAGACCCUGCUGACCCUCACAGGAGUUUCUACUGUAGCAGAAGCUGAGGCAAACCAGAAGUGUGAAUGUCCACAACGGCAGAAAAUGGUGCCUGACUACUAUAUAGAGAGCAUUGCUGACAUUUUACCUGCACUACAAGCAUAGUCAGCGUUUGCUUGGAAUUUACCCACUUUAAUAGAGAAUAUUUAUCAAUAUAUGGGAAUCAAUAUUUUAAUAUUACAGUUCAUCUAAAUAGGUUUAAUAGAAAUUGUUUGUCUCUACAAAUAUAUGCAGUAUGAUUUACUAUGUCACCAAGGCUUCAUUUCAAACUGGCCUACCUCUUUUUUUAAAUAUCCCACUUUUUAUUUUAAGGUAAU